UCCACACCUCGCGAGACUCCGACGGCUUAGCAAUGGCGAGAUCGUGAGUGCCGCUGAUAGGAGUCAGAAGGGGCUGGAACGGGGCUCCGGCGAGAUCGGGCAGUGGGAGACUCAGCAAGAAAGGGCCACCUGAACCGGAGCGGCGGCUGGGGGCUCGGGCCCCUAUGGGGCCGGAUAGCUGCCCGCGACCAAGCUUCCGCCUCUCCCCCAGAUGCCGCGUCACUGCUCCGCCGCCGGCUGCUGCACACGGGAUACGCGCGAGACGCGCAAUCGCGGCAUCUCCUUCCACAGUGGCUAUCACAGGCUGAAGGAGGGUGCAGUUCCCACAAUAUUUGAGUCUUUCUCCAAGUUGCGCCGGACAGCCAAGACCAAGGGGCACAGUUACCCACCUGGUCCUCCCGACGUCAGCCGGCUCCGGCGAUGCAGGAAGCGUUGCUCUGAGGGCCGAGGGCCCACAACUCCUUUUUCUCCACCUCCACCUGCUGAGGUCACCUGCUUUCCUGUGGAAGAGGUCUCGGCACCUGCUGCUUUGCCUGCUUCCCCCACUGGGAGGCUGGAGCCUGGCCUCAGCAGCCCCUUCUCAGACCUCCUGGGGCCCCUGGGUGCCCAAGCGGAUGAAGCGGGCUGCAGCACCCAGCCCUCACCAGAGCGGGAGCCAGAACGCCAGCAAUCCCCUCUUGAGCCUCGGCCUGUCUCACCCUCAGCCUACAUGCUGCGCCUCCCACCCCCUGCUGGAGCCUACAUCCAGAAUGAGCACAGCUACCAGGUGGGCAGUGCCCUGCUCUGGAAGCGGCGGGCUGAGGCUGCACUUGAUGCCCUGGACAAGGCUCAGCGCCAGUUGCAGGCCUGCAAACGGCGGGAGCAGCGGCUGCGGCUGAGGCUAACCAAGCUACAGCAGGAGCGAGCACGGGAGGAGCGGGCACGGGAGAAGCGGGCUCAGGCAGAUGCCCGCCAGACUCUGAAGGAGCACGUGCAGGACUUCGCCAUGCAGCUGAGCAGCAGCAUGACCUGAGCGAGGGGCCACUGGACUCAGGACUGACUGAGGGGCUGCCUGUCAGGGCUACAAGCCUCUUCCUCAGAAUCCACCUGGAAAGGGACCUCAUGUGAGCUGCAUCCACCAGACCUACCAGGUGCCCUAAUAAAGUGGAUUCUAGCAGGCCCUA